AAUCAACAUGUUUAGAAAUCAUUUUUUGCGGCCAAAUCCGCGUUGGCCCAACAGACCCAAUCAGGAUCUCGAACAAAACGAGGAGCCAGAGCCCAUUGUCAUCAGUGAUCGUGACCUGCGGAUCUUCAUCCUUCGAGUUUACUUGUGCGCUGCCGGCUUGUGUCUGCUGUCGGCGAUUCCAUGGAUCUGUGUAUCGUAUCUGAAGCCGCCAGUUCAUCGGGACGUUCCGGUGCCUCCAUUUAUAUGGCUCAUCUUCAGCUUCUUCCUGCUCACGAUUCUCAGCUGCAUUCCGCAGAUACCAGUAACUAGGAUGUUCUGCUGGGGCCUGGUCAUCGGUUCCUUGUUCUUCAUCACCCUGUAUGGCUGCAACUAUGUGACCGAACUGUCCGUAUGGGUGGUGGCAGGAGCCAUGGCCGGGGCGGUGAUUUUGCUGGGCCUUCUCCAUCUGUACGGUGCUUUGGCGCCAAUGAAGCUACUUCCCAAUAUGCUCUGCACCUGCUGCUUGGUACUAAUGGGCUUCAUAACGCUCUUCGUGCUCCUCAUGAUGUCUAUAUUCACCGGUGAUCCGCGCUACUUCUUGGCCAGCGCCAUAGUGUUCUUCAUCAUUGUGAUCUGUUUGGCUCCCUUCCAGGCCAGCUACAUUUGCGGACGGUUGAAACAAGUGCCCUACGGGGUAGCCAGCUGUGCCAAUGGUAUUUACUUGCACUUUUGUUUCCUGUCGACGUGUCUGAUGAUCUUUAUAGCAUUUGAAUAUUGAAAUAUUUGAGAUAUUAUAGAGAGACAUGUAUUUAUAAA